UGCAUCAUUCUUGAAUUAUUGAGUUUACAGACAUUUAUUUUAAACCUUAAACACAACACAGUGUAAUGUAUAAUUCAAAAUACAAGUAAAACCAUUGGAAUAUAUGGGACACUCCUGCACAGUAACAAAGUAGAUUGAGCUCCAUUUGUGAAGUGAAAUACUAAGAGAAAAUACUAAAACUUUGUGAUCCACCUCAUAAAUAUGGUAAAGAUAACUUUCUGCCAGUAAGAACAGUAAAUCUUGUGACUACUGCAGUAUAUUUGUGGUCAAAGCUAGUGAGGUUUCAGUGAAGAGUGGUCAGAUCCUGUUGGGGAAGGAAUUAUACACCAGAUAGGAGUCUCACUUCUGCUGUGUCAAGCAGUCUGUUUUCAGAUGUUAUGAUCAUACAGACCUCAACGACAAUGGUUCAUGUUGUCUUUUUGUUCUGGAUUUGUUUGUGCAAACUGGCUGGUGUGUUUGCUGGUUUAGAUGAAGUGAAGUCCGUGUCAGUACUGGAGGGAGAUUCAGUCACUCUAGAAUCUGGUUUUACUGAAAUGAUGGAUGAUGAUGUGAUUCUGUGGAGGUUUGGAUCUGAAAACACUUUAAUAGUUGAAAUCAGUGUAAUGGAAGAGAGAUUCACUGUACAUGAUAAUGAGCUCGGUGGGAGAUUCAGAGACAGACUGAAGCUGGAUUAUCAGACUGGAUCUCUGACCAUCACAAACACCAGAACUGAACACACUGGACUAUAUAAACUACAGAGCAACAGUGUGAUCAAGAACUUCACUCUCACUGUCUAUGCUCAUCUGCCCAUUCCUGUCAUCAUCAGUAACUCUUCAAACUGUUCAUCAUCAUCACCACCAACAUCAUCAUCAUCUUCAUCAUCUUCAUCACAGCAGAAUUGUUCACUGUUGUGUUCAGUGGUGAAUGUGGGUCAUGUGACUCUUUCCUGGUACAAAGGAAACAGUUUAUUGUCCAGCAUCAGUGUGUCUGAUCUCAGCAUCAGUCUCUCUCUACCUCUGGAGGUGGAAUAUCAGGAUAACAACAGCUACAGCUGUGUGAUCAACAAUCCCAUCAGAAACCAGACCACACAUCUGGACAUCACUCAACACUGCAGCAACCAGACUCAACAUCUGGACAUCAGUCAACUCUGUCACACAUGUGCAGCAUCUAAAACAGUGCUGAUCUCUUCUUCUGCUGCUGCUGCUGGAUCUCUGCUGAUUGUUACUGCAGUCGUGAUAGUUUGUAUUUGCAGGAAAUGUAGAAAAACAGACAAAGAAGUUGAGACUAAUGAAGAUGAGGUGACUUACAUUGAGCCUACAUUCUACAAACGAAACCCACAGAAACGGGAUGUUAAAGAGGAUGAUGAUGUGGAAUACGCACCUAUCAACAAGAGAAGAUGAUCAGACAUGUAUCAGACCCGCUUUGUGACUUUCACAGGAAGCUCUUGU